GGUCACUCCAGGAAUCGGCCAAUGGGAAUGGGCCUCGUCUCUCCGCGUCAUCCGUCUCCAGGCAGACUCGCCCGCGCCUUCCCGCCUCUGGGCCGGACUCUCCUGGCCGGCUCCUCAUCGCAGGGUCCGCCAAUGGGAAUCCGCCUCCCUCCCUGACGUCAUCCGUCUCCGGGCAGAAUCUUCCCCGGCCCUUUCCUUCGCCGUUCCGCCAUGAACGGCCAUUCCCGGGACCUGAGGGCCAAUCUUUACCUCAGCUUGAAGGGUGGAAAGAACAUUGGAUGCCAAAAGGAAAGCCCAGGCCCCGGGAUGAGAGACAUGGCCUCGGGGUUGGGGAGAUCCACAGGGCCUCGGAGACAGAAGCGAACGCCCUCUUCUCCUCAGGACCUUCUGGCCUUCCCAGGAGAUCCGGCCUCCUUCCCGCCUCCUCUUCCCGUUCUUUGCAGGCAUUUCAUCUCAUCAUCACGACUGCCAGAUGGAUCCGAAAUAGCAGCUCCAUUGAGGAAACGGGAUUUUGGGCUGAGAAUCUCGGUGUAGAGCCUGUGGAGGGAUUUCUUUCCCUUGAAAGAAAGAAGAGGGAGGAAAAGCAUCUUGGGUACGGUUGGGUUCUUCACCAGAGUGGUUCCAACAUGGAGAGACCCAACUCAUGUGGGCCUGAAGCAGGACCUGGGAGCAGUGGGGAAUCCUGGGAAAGAACCAGACAUGAGUCCCUGAGUGUGGACCUUGACAGCUCGGACACACAGCACUUCAGGCAGUCCUCCUACCAAGAGGGUGAAGGACCCAGAGGGGUUUGCAGUCGUCUCCACGGUCUGUGCCGCCAGUGGCUGAAGCCAGAGCAGCACACCAAGGCCGAGGUGCUGGACCUGGUGACCCUGGAGCAGUUCCUGAGCAUCCUGCCCCCAGAGAUGGGGAGCUGGGUCCGAGAGUGUGGGGCAGAGACCUGUUCCCAGGCGGUGGCCCUGGCGGAAGGCUUCCUCCUGAGUCGGGCCGAGGACAAGGAGCAGGAAGGACAGGUGAGAGCAUUCCCUCUGGGAUUCACUAACCUGGGGGCUGAUGGACAGGUUAAGCUUGCAUCCUGCCUUUCUUCCAAGAUGGGACCGAUGUGGAGGAUGAGCAAGGCCCUGCUCCCUCGGCCUCUUUCCCCACCUGCUCUGCCCCUCCAUCUCUACCGUCAGCUUGGUUGAUGCUCUGCUCAAGAUAGAACAUAGACAAUGAUGGGAGGGGGAGGGGGGCAUUGGUUCCAAACUAGGUUCCCAUCCCAGAGUUAUUCUUUCCAAAAAGGUCUAUAGGUCUGUGAUAUUUCUGAACUUUUCCCAAACUCCUUCUGGAAUGCUCUGUGCUCUUCCAGGCCCAUAAUAAUAACUCCAUGGAAGUCCCUGCACCAGAGGAAUCUCCACCAGACACCACCCAGAGUCUCAGGCAGAAGGAGCUGAAGCGGGAAGGAGACGGGGCUGCCGCCUUGCAGGGUGAGGAGGAACUCUUCUGGGAGUUUUGGGGUUUUGUGCCAGUGGAAAUCCCGCUUUGGGGGGAUGAUUGUACACCCACAGUUUGAGCUUCAGAAGGUGAACAUGCAGGAUCAUUUGGCCUUGAGAUGGGUAUAUAUCUUAAACUCAUGUCUUUUCUGUGAUGUUUUAUGUACUUUAAUAUGUAUUUUAUAGAAAGGCAGUUUUAAUGUGGAUCUUUUAUAGAAAUAUGUAUCUUUGUUGAAUUUUGACAAAGUUUGUGUUUUUAAAAUUGUGUUGGAACUCCCCUCAAACUGCAAGGAGAGGCAAGUAAGAAAUAAAAUUAUUAUUAUUGUUAUAUGUA